AAAAAAUUUUCAUCAGUAGUGACAAUUUCCAAAGGGUCAAUAUCAAAAUACGUUUAGGUAUUAAUAUUAUUAUUAAUGAAAGACAACUCAGCAUCUAAUUUGGAUUACCCUGUAACUUUGGGAAUUUUCAACGAUCAAUCAUCAGUCAAAAUUUCACAAAAUGCCAUUCAUUCCCACCAAAGAUCGAGAUAAAAUUUAUGAAACGAUAACAACAAGACUUUUCACGCAUCAAAAUAACAAGGACCAUAUUUUGGAUUCAGAAACACUGAAGAAUUUUUCUAUAACAAAAUCAGAACCAUCAACAAAUAUGAAAAUUUUAAGCGGAACUGCUAUUCAAAACUCAACAAUAAAGGCUGGUUUACUGAAAGCAAAAGAAACUAUGCCAGAUGAUAAAUUAGAAGAUGAAGAUCCGAAUUCCACCACCACUAUAAUAACAUCCAUAAAAGAAGGGUCGAGAGAAAAUGAUGAGUAUAAAACGAUCAUUGAAGAAAAAUACGACAGAAAUUCAAUAAUUUCUGGUAGCCAAGAGUUGCAGGAGUUGAAAAGUCUUCACAAACAAUUACGGAAAUCUUCAACUGAACCUAAAGAGCCGUUGUUUGAACCACGACGACCCACCUUAGAGGCCAUCAGAGAAGCUAUUGAUAAAGUGAAACAGAUGGAAAUCAACCGCCACAAGAAUGUUGGAACGGAUGACGAUGAAGCUUCUUCUUUUUUAGUGAGUGAUGCAUCGACGUCAACCGAGAGCCGGAAAAGGAAACCUAAGAAAAAGAAAACAAAUUCAACACCUUCGAGUACUGGAAGCAAUGUCUCGCCGAGAAAGCCUUUGAAAAAAACAAAAAAAGAAAAAAAUGUUUCAAAACCGAAAUGAAUCCUAAAAACGAUGACUGAAAAACUAUAUUUCAUUAAAUAUCAUGCCAAUAAACUUA